CCUAACCAGCCACUAGCGCCCGCCAUCAAACGCCACCGGAGCAGCUAGAGCAGAGACAUCUUCUUCCAUCUCUCGCCAAUGGCCAGAAUCCAGCCCCUCCCUGCCGCAGCAGCCUCGUCUUCUCCCUGCUCCAGCUCUUCCCCCGGAGGCAAAAAGAGCUCGCAGGCGUUCACGGUGUGGAUGAAGUCGCUUGUGUUCAAUGGCAACGGCUGCGCGGUGUACGGCCCCGACGGUGCCGUCGCCUUCCGCGUCGACAACUACGGCUGCAGGGGCGGCCGCGAGGUCUUCUUCAUGGACCGCGCCGGCAACGCCCUCAUCAGGAUCAGACGCAAGGGAUUUGGCGCCUUCAGGAGGUGGGAGGUCUCCCAGUGCGGCCACAACGGCCUCCGUGACGAGGAAUCGACGCCGUGGUUCAGCGUGCGGCGGGUCGAGAAGGGCGGUGCCGCCGUGGCGAUGCACGGUGGCGCAAGGACGUGCUACAGGAUCGACGGGUUUUGCGCGCGUAAGUCGGAGUACAAAGUCAGCGGCGUCGACGGCGCGGUGGUGGCGGAGGUCGCGCGGAAGCAGGCGGCGGCGGGGGUGGUGUUGGGGGAGGACGUGUUGACGCUGACGGUGGUGCCGGAGAUGGAUCACCUGCUAGCUUUGGGUUUGGUCGUGGUGCGUGGCCUCAUGAGCCGCUCCAUGUGAUGGAUGCAUGCAUGGAACGCCAAUCCUCCUCUCUCUUUUUUCAGGCGGUUUCAUUUCCAUCAGUAGAAUUAUUAGUAUUAUUUUUGCCCAAACUAAGGACGUGUGACUCUUUUUGGUCUAUGUUUUUAUCCUUUCUCAAAGGGUUUA